AUGUCAACGAUCCCAGUCGCGAAAAGGCCUCAAGAGAAGCCUACUAAAGGUAGGCCUGUACAAGUAAUGGCAAACUUCCUACCUAUCACAAAGUUCCAAUACCCGCAAGUUCAAGCAUAUUCUUUAGAGGUUACUAAUCAACAAACGAGACAACAAGCAAAUAAAAAAGAUUCAGAAGCUGUCUUUCUUCAAAUGUGCAAAGAAAAAAAAUUUGGUGAAAGAGUUUCACCUGCAUAUGAUGGAAACCUAGUAUAUUCUGUUACUGAUCUUUGUAAUGGUACUAAGACUAAGAAAUAUGAGGUCCAAAUUCCGACUCAAGAUGACGUUGGUCGUCCAAAACGUUUUUAUGCCACUCUUAAAUAUUCUCGUCCUUUUGAUCUCAGAGAAAUGAGAGAAUAUAUUAAAGAAAAUAGUGAUCAACCUUGGGAUGGAACUAUUCAAAACAUCUUAAUUAUUCUUAACGCGUUCCUCAAUUCCAAGGUUCGUACUCAACAUUUAACUUUAGGUAGGAAAGCAAUCUUUCCAAAACCAGAGGAAAAUAAUCGACGAUUCUUACAUGGGGGUGUUGAACUCAUGUUGGGAUACUGGCAAAGUAUUCGUCCUGGAUGGA